CCACCUGUGAACGCGCCCCCAACACCCCACUCCACGUCUUCGGUGAAGACUUGCCGUGAGCGAUGACAUCAGCGAGCGCGUCCUCAUCUCCGGCGCGAGCAGGGCCUGUGCACCCCCGUCAGAGUGGUCGCCUGUGGCAAGACGUGGUCAAGGCCUGCGACAAGACCCGCGACAGGACCCGAGGUCUUCUUAAGAAAUUCCGAAAUUCCGAGCACAGCAUCACCGUGGAUCACGUCAGCCCAAGGAGAUCCAUCAGUGUGGAUCUGGAAUCCUCCUGUCCAAAUGAUUCCUGGAGUGUUCACGUCUGGUCGACGUGGGUCCGGCGGCCUUGGAUGGAGGACGAGGAGGAGACCGAGCAGGAUCCUGCCAAGUUGCUUUCCGACUUCCAGACUCGGAAACUCACCUGUUACUUCCGAUGUUUCCUGGAUAGGGAUCGGGAUGGAAAGGUUUCUUCCAAGGAUCUCCAUGCCCUUACAGAGGCGAGGUACAAGAUGAAGUCUCUCUCCCUUCUUUCGACUCUUCUGGUGAUGUUCGCCCUCAUGGAAGCGAUGGAGGGGAAAGUCGUGAACAUACCCGGGGCGAACCUGAGACUGAUUUGCGAUCCGUUCAAGACGUCGACGUUGACGGAGAUGAAGACGGAGACGCUGACCACGGAGGUCACAUGCACGCCUGGGACCUUCACCUCCACGACGAUCGUCACUGUCACCCCUCCCGCCGCCGGAGGGCGGAAAAAGAGGGGUAUCUCUUUCAUUCCCAUGCAAUCGCCAUCGCUGGCAUCGAGGGCUCCGGUGUUCGUGCCUCACCACGUCGGUUACCUGGCCUACGAACCCAAUGGUGGAUUUCCAGUGGCGCAACCGGACCUCAUCGAAGCGUCCUUCGACGCCCAUCCCGUCCAAGACCGCGGCGGACCCGUCAUGACCCUGGAGCAGCUUCAUCGCAUCCUGCUCACGCAGUGCCCUGUGACGUCGACCAGCACCCAGACCACCACCUCCACCAAGACCAUCAUCGCCACCGAUUGUACCAAUUGCCACCAGUGUGGAAGCUAA